AUGGGUGCCGAGCAGUCGUCCAGCCGGGGCGCUGCCACUCAAGACGCACCCAAAAAGACCGACUACUACGAACUACUCGGCAUCGAACGGCAAGCAACAGAGGAUGAAAUCAAAAAAGCAUACCGCAGGAAGGCCCUAGAGCUCCAUCCCGACCGCAACUACGGCGAUGUCGAGAGAGCAACUCAGAAGUUCGCAGAGGUGCAGUCCGCGUACGAAGUGCUGUCCGACCCGCAAGAACGCGCUUGGUAUGAUUCGCACCGCGAUGCCAUCUUGCGUGGUGACGACCCUCACGAUGCCAGCGCGGCUCCCGAGUUCCACAAUGUUCGGGUGAUGACGGCAGACGAGAUCUAUGCUCUCAUCGGCCGUUUCAACAAGGCCGUUCCCAUGGACGACUCGCCGCAUAGCUUCUUCACAAUUCUCGCAGAGACCUUUGAUCGUCUCGCGAUGGCAGAAAUGGCUGCAGCUGAGAUGGAAUCCGACAUUGAUAACCACUCACAGCCACCAGAAUACCCUCCGUUUGGCUGCUCCGAUGACGACGACCAGUUCGCCAAGCGAUUCUACGGCGGCUGGCAAAACUUCGCGACGAGGCUUAGUUUCUCAUGGAAGGACAAGUGGCGACUUUCAGACGCUCCUGACCGCCGCGUGCGAAGGCUCAUGGAGAAGGAGAACAAGAAAUUCCGCGAAGAUGCAGCCCGGGACUUUAACGAUGCCGUUCGCUCACUCGUUAUCUUCGUGCGCAAGCGCGAUCCGCGGUAUGUGCCAAACACACAGUCUGAGGCGGAGAGGCAAAAAAUCCUCCGGGAUAGCGCCGCUGCACAGGCUGCGAGAUCAAGGGCGGCAAACCAGGCCAAGAUGAACGACGAGGACGCUAUCCCGGAGUGGGCCCGAGCCGCUGGCGGUGGGGAAGACGACGCCCACCUAGGAGAGUUCUCAGAAAGCGAGGAGGAGUCUGAGGUCGAGGUGCUCGAGUGCGUAGUUUGCGACAAGGUCUUCAAGAGCGAGAAGCAGUUUGAGGCACACGAGAAGAGCAAGAAGCAUAUCAAGGCUGUACAGCAGCUUCAGAGGCAAAUGAGGAGGGAGAACAAAGACCUCAACCUCAAGGAUAGCCAGACAGUGACGCCGACCACGAUAAGUACGACAACCACCACGUCAGACGAAGAAGCAGAUUCUAUACCUAGCCUUGUUGAUACGAAAGAUGAGCUUCAACAUACCGGCAAUCCAGCGUAUGUUGCCAUUCAGGAUGGGAUGACGAUGGAUGCAGCCAAAGGACAGACGUUCACAAGUCUCGAUAGCGGGAGUUCGAGUGCAAGUGGAGAUGACGUGGAGGGAGACGACGAGUAUGCAUCUCGCGAAGCCGUCGAGGCGCGGCUCGUGGGCGGCAAUCCAAAGCAGAAAGAUUUCGCAGCAAAUGCUGGCCCCUUGGGGCUCCAGAGCACAACUAGCAGAGACAGCAAUGGUCUCGCCAAGGACGUAGAGGAUUUGUCACUGGAAAGCUCGGAACCAACGAAGAAAGUAGGGAAAGCCAAAGCGAAACGCGAGAAGAGAGCUGCCCGGCAGGCUGCUGAGCGUCAAAACACAAAUGCAAAUCAUGCGUGCGCGGUCUGUCAAGAAAGCUUCGAGUCUCGGUCGAAGCUUUUUGCACACAUCAAAGAUGAAGGUCAUGCCGAGCUCAAGAGCGUGGCAGCAGCCCCUGGGGCGAAAGGAUCUAAAAAGAAGAAGGGUAAGAAAUAG